AAGGCACGCAACCACAAUAAAGCUUGCACAACCAAAGCCCCUCCUUUUCCGGCCAUGUGUGCUUGCAUGCAUCUUCCUAGAGAGGAGGAGCUGCAAGCAAGGGAGUUCAGAAGAAGGAGGAUUGCAAAGAGUCAGAGAAAGGAGCCACCCUUCCUUCUUUCUGCCCUGCCCUUUUUUCCUGGAAGAAAUCUGGGAGGACAAAGUGGGCCUUGCCCCCCUUCCAGGGGCUUGAUAUUCUCAGGAAUUUAGCCAAUCUUUGCCUUGAAACCUAGUCUGGCAAAAAAAGAGGAACAUAUACCAUUGGCCAUGUUGGAGGCUGCCUGGGACAACAGAUCAAGGAUGGGAAAAGGCUCUUGUGCUGUUCAGGAUGGGAGCAGUGGAGAGAUCUGGGAAAGAAGAACUGUCCUGAAAAGCCUGGCAGAUGAUAUUGUCAGCUCAGAUGUACAAAGACAGCACUUCAGACUUUUUGGCUACCUGGACGCUGAGGGGCCCCGGAACAUUUGCCACCGACUCCACACUCUCUGCCGCCAGUGGCUGAAGCCAGAGAUACACACCAAGGCUGAGAUGAUGGACCUAGUGGUCCUGGAGCAGUUCCUGGCUAUCCUUCCCCCAGAGAUGGAGAGCUGGGUGCGAGAAUGUCAAGUGGAGACCUGUUCACAGGCAGUGGCCCUGGCUGAAGGUUUCCUCCUGAGUCAGACAAGAGAGAUAAAAGGGGAACAACAUCAGUUGUCGUCCAUGGAAAAGAUGACAGCGGUAGAUUCAUUUCCCUCUGAUGGUCAUCAGACAUUGGUUACUCAGGAUGGGGAUAGAACAUCCUUUUCAGUGGGAGAGGAAACAUGGAAUCGGCCAUUAUGGACAACUUCAUCCCUGGAUUGUGAUCUGGUGCAAACAGCUUCUGCAAGAUGGGAUCAGGUGAAUUUUGAGGAGGUAGAGGUACAUUUCACAGAGGAAGAGUGGGCUCUCCUUGAUCCGUACCAAAGAGCCCUUCAUAGGGAAGUCAUGGCGGAGAAUAUGACCCUCCUAAAUGGCCACUGGCAGGAAUUUAAAAAGGAAGAAGAGCCUGGUAAGAUGUUAUUACAAAGAGCCAAUUGUAAACCGAAGGAAGAGGAGAAAACAAAAACUGACACUAAAGCAAGGAGGAACAAAGCCUCUGCUUCUGAGGGUGGUGAUGUAUGUGAAAUCUCAGUCCAGGACAUUACAGAAAGAGGAAUGGAAAGUAUUGGAUGUUUGGUUCUGACAUGUGAGGAGAACCUCAAUUAUCAACCAGGGCUUUGUCUUCAUAAGAGAGCUGACACAGAGGAGAAAGAUUUUGGAAGUGAUGACAGCACUUUGUGUUAUAGGGAAUGCCUGAUUUCCCAGGAAGAAAUUCAUACAGGAGAGAAGCCAUUUAAGUGCUUGGUGUGUGGAAAAAGUUUCAGCCAGAAGAGCAACUUCAAUCGACAUCAAGUAACUCACACGGGGGCAAAACCUUUUAAGUGCUUAUUUUGUGAAAAAAGUUUCAGUCAGAAGUCACACCUCACUCGUCAUCAAACAACCCACACAGGGGAGAAACCCUUUAACUGUCUGGAGUGUGGGAAAAGCUUCAGCUGGAAGAUGAGCCUCACUCAUCAUCAGGUAACUCACACGGGGGAGAAAUUGUUUAAGUGCUUGGAGUGUGGGAAAAGCUUCAGUUGGAAGAUAAACCUCACGCGUCAUCAAACCAUCCACACUGGGGAGAAGCCAUACAAAUGCUUGGAGUGUGGAAAGAGUUUCAGCCGGAUGUUGUGUCUCACUCGGCAUCAAAGGACCCACACAGGGGAAAAACCCUUUAAGUGUUUGGAGUGUGGAAAGAGCUUCAGUUGCAAAAUAAGCCUCACUUGUCAUCAAAUAACUCACACAGGGGGGGAAUCAUCCAAAUGCCUUGACUGUGGAAAGCGUUUCAGUCAAAAGGAAAACCUCGCUCAUCUCGCAACCCACACAGGGGAGGAAUCAUUUGAAGGGCUGCAGUGGUUGAGGACAAUAUCGGUGGUACAUGUCCCGGUGCCCAGAUCAAAGAUGGAAGAGGUCAAAUUGAUGGGAAAAAACUCUGAGACCAUCCAGGUUGAAGACUGUGAGGGAUUCCAGGAAAGGACUAUGUAUACAAGCGUGGAUGGGGACACCUUCAACUCUGAGGUACAACGUCAACACUUCCGGAAUUUCUGCUAUGAGGAAGCCAAGGGCCCCCGAGAGAUUUGCAGCCUCCUCCAUGCUGUUUGCCAUCAGUGGCUGAAGCCAGAGAGACAUACCAAGGCUGAGAUGGUGGACCUAGUGGUCCUGGAGCAAUUCUUGGCUGUCCUUCCUCCAGAGAUGUCACGUUGGGUCAGGGAAUGUGGGGCAAAGACCAGUUCCCAGGCAGUGGCUCUGGCCGAAGGUUUCCUCCUGAGCCAGGCAGAGGAGAAGAAGCAGGAAAAGCAGCAGGGCUUUCUUGCAGAAGAGACCCUUGAGCUAGAGAAGUAUCCUAACUCCAGUGGUCAGUGGCCGCAGUCCAAGUGGAUCAGACAGGAUGGAGGCAGAGCGUCACCCUCAAUAGGAGUGGGACCAUGGAUACAGCCAACAUGGAGAAGCGCAUCUCUUAACUGUGAUGGUCUUGGAACAGUUUCUGGGAGACUGGCUAAGGCAAUGAAAUAUAGAGGCAGAGAAAAACAACCAUUUCUUCAUUUUGAUGCCCUGAGAACAUCUUCUGUGGGACAGGAUCAGGUGGCCUUUGAGGAGGUGACUGUGUAUUUCACAGAGGAGGAGUGGGCUCUGCUGAACCCAGACCAAAGGGCCCUUCAUUGGGAGGUGAUGGAGGAGAACUUCUGGACUGUGGCCUCUUUGAGUGGUGACGGGCAAGAGAGUGAGUUUGAAGGAGAGCCCCGCAUGACAGAAAAAGGAAAACAAAGGAGGAAAUGCCUUUGUCUUGCAUGUGGAAGAAGCUUUAGUUGUAAAUCAAGCCUCAGCCUUCAUAGGAGAACCCACAGAGGGGAGAAAUCUUUCAAAUGUGGUGAGUGUGGAAAGACUUUUAGUUUUUGGAAAUGCCUGAUCUCCCAUCAAAAAGUCCACACAGGAGAGAAACAGUUCAAGUGCUCAGAGUGUGAACUGAGCUUCAGUUGGCUGUCGCAUCUUAUGUUACACCAGCGAAUGCAUACUGGGGAGAAACCAUUUACAUGCUUGGAAUGUGGAAAGAGCUUCAGUGUGAGCUCAACCUUGGUGUCACACCAACGAAUCCACACAGAGGAGAAGCCGUUUAAGUGUUUGGAGUGUGGAAAGAGUUUCAGCUGGAACACACAUCUUGCUCGCCAUCUGGCAAUUCACACAGGGGAGAAACCGUAUAAAUGCAUGGACUGUGGGAAAAGUUUCAGUCGGAGGUCCCAUCUUGUGUCACACCGGUCCAUUCAUGGAGGGGAGAAGCCAUUUCCAUGCUUGGAGUGUGGGAAGAGCUUCAGUGUGAGCACAAACCUCGUGUCACACCAACGAAUUCACACAGGAGAGAAACCCUUUAAAUGCUUGGAGUGUGGAACUAGUUUCAGUCAGAAGUCACAUCUUGCUAACCACCAAGCCACUCACACUGGGGAGAAACCCUUUAAAUGCCUGGAGUGUGGAAAGAGCUUCAGUCGGAAGAUAAGCCUCAAUCGCCAUCAAGCCAUUCACACAGGGGAGAAACCCUUUAAAUGCCUCGAGUGUGGAAAGAGCUUUAUUCGGAAGAUAAGGCUCACAUCUCAUCAAGCCACUCACACAGGAGAAAAGCCAUUCAAAUGCUUGGAGUGUGGAAAGAGCUUCAGUCAGAAGUCACACCUCACUCGUCAUCAAGUAACCCAUGCUAAGGAGAAACCCUUUAAAUGCGCAGAGUGUGAGAAAAGUUUUAAUCGGAAAAUCAGCCUCACGUGUCAUCAAGCAACUCACACAGGAGAGAAACCCUUUAAAUGCUCAAAUUGUGGGAAAAGUUUCAGCCGGAAGACGCACCUCACUCGUCAUCAAGCCACUCACACAGAAGAGAAACCAUUGAAAUCUUUGGUGUGGGAAGGCAAUUCAGUCAUAGGUGAACCCAUGUGUCAUAAUAAAGAAUUUUUGGCAGACAGAAAUCCAGUAGAUGUCUGGAAUGCAUAAAAGCACUCUGUUCUCAUCUCUUAUGAUGCACACAAAGAUUCUCAUGGGAGAGAAUCUGAACCUGCUGUAAGAGCACAGAAAUAGCUGAAACAGUAAGAUCCAUUUCAUUUGCAUUAAGCAAAUCACACAAGGAGAAACAUUCAAAAUUCUUGGACAUGUAGAAGAACCUUCAUUCAAAGCAUCAGAGAAAAGCCAUUUACAUUGAAUUUGGAAAGAACUUCAGGAGAAAUUAAAGUCUCAUCUGUUACUGAAGAACCUAUUGGAGAGAAAAAUAUUUAAGGAAUCAGCUACAUUAAGAGAUACUAUCAUUUUUUACCAUUUGAAAAUUACUAAAGAAGGAAAACAAAUCUCUAAGUGUAAUACCUGGAAAAAACUUCUUUAGAACAGGUCACCAUGGUAGAGUUCCCCUCACAGGAGAACCGAUAUCAUUGAUAAUAGAUACAGCUAAUGAAUUUGGAAUUUAUUGUUGGCAUCCCCAUGAAGAAAUUUCUAAUUCACUUCUAUCAAAGCUAUGUAAAAUGCCCCCCCCCCAAAAAAAGUGAAUUCAAUAACAUAAUACAGUGGGCCCUUGGUAUCUUCUGGGGUUUGAUUCCAGGACCCUUGCGGAUACCAGUAUCUGUGGAUGUUCAAG